GAACGCUCUAGCCUGCUCUAAAGGAGCAGCUCCUGAUUUCGACCCAGCUGGGCUCAGAAGCCAGUUGUUGGCGCUGUCCGUGGUGCUGAGGAAUUCCCGGCUGUCGGCAGAAUGAGCUCCAAAUCAGCAGUCUGCAAACUGCUCUCAGUGAUGCAGAAACCAAGCUAAAGUUGCUCCUUUCCUUCACGUCCACAGUUAGUAUUUUCUGGUGUGUAAGAGGGGAUUCAAGCAACAUAUUGUGGAUGAUGCUGAUGGUAUUGCCAGCAGAGCGGGCUUUAAGCUACAGCAUGCUGUUGCUGAUUUUGAUCCUCAGAGCCUAGCCAAAUCACCUCUACUGCCGUAGCAAACACUGUGUAAGUGAACUCAUGUGUGGAGGAGGCGUAAUCAGCCGGGAAAUUUCAUAGAAGGAUCGGGGAAAAGGCUAAAAAUAAGUUCAACAUGAUUCUGCUACUGAGGUCUGGAUUGCUACAGGACCAGCAUUGCUUCUUGCUUUGAAUUCUGAAGAUAGGUCCAAAGCAUAUUUCUUAUGUGUGUCUGCUGUGUUUCUCUCUGGAAGGGCGGGAGACUGCUUCUUGACUGUGUUUUGAAAUGGGAGGUAGAAUGGAUUGCCUUUAAUUCAAGCCUGAAAAUGUAUUCUUUGGAUAAUUAAGGAAAAACUGCUUUCCUAAAACAUACCUGGUCUUUUAGUUCGUAUUGGUCUAUGACCCCAACCACGACCAUUAACCUCCAGAGUGAUUAGCCUACCCCUCUUGAAGUCCCAUGGAAGGAGCUGAGCAUAUCUAAUAUUAGGAGCACAUCCAGAAGCCUUUGAGGAGGGGGAUGGCUCUUCAUAUUCAUGAAGCUUGCAUACUUCUUUUGGUCAUCCCUGGAUUGGUCACCUCUGCUGCCAUCAGUCAUGAAGACUAUCCUGCUGAUGAAGGUGACCAGACCUCUAACAAUGACAAUCUGAUUUUUGAUGACUAUCGAGGGAAAGGGUGUGUGGAUGACAGCGGCUUUGUAUACAAGUUGGGAGAACGAUUUUUCCCAGGGCAUUCCAACUGUCCAUGUGUCUGUGCUCUGGAUGGACCUGUUUGCGACCAGCCAGAAUGCCCCAAAAUUCACCCAAAGUGUACUAAAGUGGAACACAAUGGAUGCUGUCCCGAAUGCAAAGAAGUGAAAAACUUUUGUGAAUAUCAUGGGAAAAAUUACAAAAUCUUGGAGGAAUUUAAGCCCUCUCCAUGUGAAUGGUGUCGCUGUGAGCCCAGCAAUGAAGUUCACUGUGUUGUAGCAGACUGCGCAGUUCCUGAAUGUGUCAACCCAGUCUAUGAACCAGAACAAUGUUGUCCUGUCUGCAAAAAUGGUCCAAACUGCUUUGCAGGAACUACGAUAAUUCCGGCUGGCAUUGAAGUGAAAGUGGAUGAAUGUAACAUCUGUCACUGUCACAACGGGGACUGGUGGAAGCCUGCUCAGUGUUCAAAGCGCGAAUGCCAAGGCAAGCAGACUGUGUAGAAGAGAUUCCCACCUGAUGACAAGUUCUUAGGAGAGGAUGCUAUGGCUUCUACACUGCACACGUUUAAAAUGAGACAGAACAAACAAACAAACUCCUGCCAGCUCCAACAGGGUCACCAGCAAAACCUUUUAGGGUUGACAAAAGUGAUUAUUUUACUAAGAGGAAAUUUCUCUCUUUCUUUCUUGCUAUAUAAAAUAUAUAUAGUAUACAGCUAUCAAGACCGCUUUUGUAAUUAUCCACGCUUGAUGGUGACUUGACAACCGGAUUUCUGGAACAAAAAGAAAGAAAUAGCCUUGUACAGGCUUCUCUGGUGACACCUCUGGCCCGCCAGCUCACCAUCUACCGACUUAUUCCAUUUUCACUCUUCUGUAAACAUGCCAUUUCUCUCUUGUAAUAAUUUACUUUUUUCCUUUUUAGAGUCUGAGGGGCCAGUGAGGUUGUGAGUUGUGUCAAACUCUGGUAAAGCAGUGUCAGGGGUAAGGACAUUUCCUGAUUAGGAAGAUGCAGAAGUAUCCAUCACUCCCCUUGAGGGAAUAACGCUCAGCAGGGUCAGAAGAGAGAGGUACACACAGACAGACCCUCUGCUGGGCUGAGAGGGGACCCGGUGCUUGGUGCAUUACGCAGGGACUCACAAUUCAACUCUUACAAACCACACAUUUCAUACACAAAACCUUGAAACUGCCAAUCAAACACUAAUAGGUGAAGAAUACUUGAGCUUGACUAAAGAAUCUAAAGGGAGACAGGUAUUCAAAAUUGCAGUGUUAAUCACCAGACUUUCUCAUGAUGCUGAAUUUAAGUCCGGCUUAUAACAAAACAUACUCUAAAACCCGCUCUGUCACCCGGCACGAUAAAUACCAGAACAGUAGGUAGCCCCACUGUGAAUCUGAAUCCUUCUGAACACUUCCAGCUUUGGAGUUCAGAUUUGGCUGGGAGCUGGUAGUAUACACAGGCAGUUUUUCUGGUUCAGGACUGUGUUUGCUAUAUCAUAGUAAUGACCCCUCAGCCCUACAUCUAAAACACAGAUUCAGGACACUCUUUCCACCUCAAGUGCUGAUUAAAACUACAGAUUAGGGUAGAGUGGGUCUUGCACAAUACAAUUCCAAUUGUUGAACAUUUUUUUAAAUGUAUAUAUUAGAUACUGAACAGUUAAAGUGAACCUUUGAAGAGUCUCAAGGUUGCCCUGGUAAUGCUGCUAGUGUAGUAACUGAAAAAAAAUAAAACACACAGGGUAUCUGAUGCCACCUCGAUUCAAGUGCAAAUUUAGCAAUUCUGAAACCACAUGGCAUAGUUAGCUGCUUAUUCCACUCUCCUGUUUUGAAAACCCUGGCGCAAGUGGGGGAGGGUCCUUGAGGACACUUGAAGGUUGUCUUCAUCAUCGAUGUCCUUGUCUGUUCUGCUUCCACCCCCACCGGGGCUUGGCCACAGCUCCAGGGGAGUGUCACAUCCCAGUACAAGGCCUCUCAACCUUAGCACUAGUGGCAUUUGGGGCCAGACAAUUAACUGUGGUUGGGAGCUGUCCUGUGCACUUUUAGGAUGUUUAGCAGCAUUUGGGGCUUCUUGCCACUAAAUGCCAAGAGCAGCACCCUAAUGGUAACAACAGAGUAUCUCCGGACACUGCCAAAUGUCCCCAAGGCAUGGGGGAGGGGCCAAAUUCACCUGGCUGAGAACCAGUGGCCUAGAAUAAUCAGUAUAGAGUGAUUUCCUACCAGUGGGACAUACCGGGCAAGGUCUGGCUGAGGCUAUGGCUUUGGUGAGAGCUCUGAGCCCUUUGGGAUAGGCACAAUCAGCAGCCCUGAGAGGGUAAGUCAGUCCCAUCCAAAGGGGGUGAUGCUUCUGUGCCACAGGUCCAGCCUCAGGACACACAUUUCUUUAGUCUCAUCAACUGGGUUUUCAUUUAAAAUCGUCAAGCCUCUCCUCCUUGGGAGCACCUCCUGUCAUCAAGAAAGAGUUGUCAUUUCCAAAAUUAAUGUGUUGAUGAGUCAGACCUGGCACUUCUCAUGCACACCAGGCUAGUGUUAUGACACAAAUAGCCUGGCUGGUGCCAUCUGAGGGAGAACAUCAAGCUGCCUUCCCUUUAGAACACCAAUUUGCAGCAAGGUUGGUGCUUGUCAGUUGCCACCCUGGAUACAUCAUAUAGACAGUCAUGAAUCAUUCAUGAACAAUUCUGCAUGAUUUAUGCCUGCACUCCAAAGUAAAGGCACUCUACACUUCAGCGUGUGUCUAGACAGAGAUGUAUUAUAGAGCUUUCUUUGCCCUGAGGUUGCCUAUUGCCAGCUUCAAAAAUCUACACUCUUGGAAAGAAAGAAUAAUAAUAAUAAAUGACAGGAAUAAGGUGUGAAACCCAGAAAACAUCAUUAAUAGAGCCAUGUAGCAUAGUACCCUAUCUAUUAUUAAGGAGGUACUAUGUCCUUUUUAGAAAACAAAAGGAGGGAGCAAUGGGAAGCCAGGAUACAGAAAUUUUGCAUCAAAGUCUUGGCACAGUGAUAGUCACAGCAAGAAUUUCCUAGAACAGAGUAAAAUAUCCAUCCAUCAAGAAACUCUCUACAGAGUUUGCAGAAUGAAGGCUGUUGAGUGGCCUCUGCUCCAGCCAGAGAGAGGGAUUUUCUUUUGUUGUCCUUGGAUUUUUUUUUUUCCCCCCUCUCAGAGUUUCACUGCAAGCUGUUUCCUUUAAGACUUUGUAGCACUGACAUUUUUCCCCCUUUAGGGAGAGAUGAACCUAUACUGUGACAGAAUUUCUCAUCAACUGAUAACCGUUUUACAACUUCCUCUACCCAGGUCAUUGAGAAAUUCUUUCCAAACUCUGAACAGCAGAGUUCUGGUCUCCUCUGUUGUCGUUUUGUUUUUGUUUUUUUUUUCUUCUGAAAGCUUUGUUUGCAGCCACCCUGUCACCUCUACGCCCCCCCUCCCCGCCCCCCGUUUUUCCUCUGCCUUUGGUUCUCGGCUUUAACUACAGCUCUGUUUAAAUAAGGGAUCAACAUCCUGUUUGUCGGCUGAUGCCUGUUCAAAAACGAUUCAGUUUCUAAAAUCUUUGAAAAAUGGUGUGCCUGAAAACUAGUGAGAAAAAAAAAAAAACUAAACACUAAACUGUAUAAAAAGGGGAUUCUAGCAACAAUCUUUGAUGUGUAAAAGAAUAUAUUAUUAAAAAAUUAUUUUGUUAAAUAUAAAGUGUGUUAACCAGCAAA